AUGAUACUUUUUUGUAGAUAUCGACCUGGGCUAGAUCUUGUUCUCAAAUCGUUGAGUGCAACUAUAGGGCCCCACGAAAAAGUUGGGAUCGUUGGAAGGACGGGAGCAGAGAACUUUAAUUUCAGCUUCAACUUGGAUCCAUUUCAAACACAUAGUGAUGACGAGAUUUGGCAUGCUUUGGAG